ACUUUCGCCGUGUCGAGCUGUAACCAUUUGGUCAUCGCAAUUAGUUGAUGGACUAGGUAGGCAUGCUUCUUCGCACUCUUUCUCUCCCGCUUCUCGCCGCAUCGUCUCCUUUCCUCAUGUUCGAUAGCGGUCACCGCCAACCUCUGCUACUAACUGCCAAUUAGACGCUCCAUCCACUACAAUGUCAGCCAAGCAAGGCAGCAAGCGUUCGAACCAAGUCGGCUUUGAAGCCUCAUCGUCCAGCUCACAGAUACCGGCACCUUUCACAAAAGCGCCUACCUCACUCGUCCCCUUCCUGCAGCAAUGCGAUCCCGCCCAAGUCUACCUCACGCACAUCGACCGCCACCCGCCCGACUACAAGAGACAAAUCUUUCUUAUACCAGUCAUAUUGAAUGGCAGCAUAGCAGUCUUGCUCGCUUGGCGGAUAUACGCCGCUUUGCCUACAUACUGGGCAAUCGUGCAGACGCUACUCGGUUACCCUUCGGCGACUACGGUGGAUCCUAAGACUACCACACGACGACAGCAGAUAUUGAUCCUCCUUCGGCGAGUGCUUAUGUUCUUCUUCGACUUUCUCCUCUUCCGCUUCGUCGGGCCUUGGCCUUUGACCUUCUUCCUGGAGCAACCUAGCAAUCCGGUUGUGUGGCGCUGGAACAUUGGCUUUGUCCAAGAAGAGGUCGUGGUGCGGGUUAGCCGGAAUUGGAAUGCAUCAGACUUGAUGCAGGGUAUCAAGCAGGGCGAUGACUCUCCAUUCUUCAAAACCAGGAUCCUACCGGCCAUUGAGAAGCAGUUCAUGCGCAGCAAGACCGGCUACUUGAUGAUGGACAAGAGCUGGGACCUAGAUUUCCAGCUCAUGCUUGAUGCACACACGCUGGUCAGGCGCAAGGAGGUCAAGAUCAACGACCUGGACAAGCUGGUACUCGUGCACCAAGACGGGGUUGGAUGGCUGGCGUGGCAGUGGGAGACGGAGAACGAUGUCAUUGAGGAUAGACGGAAGAGGGUAGUAGCUUUCAAGGACAAGCUCACGGGGAUGGGUAAGGAGAGCUUAUUCUUCAAGUGGAUGGAGAUUGUGGAAAGCGAGCGUGAUGCGGACGGUAGCUUUACCAUCGAAGCGCAGCAGAAGGUUGUCAAGAGGGUGCAGGCAGCGUUUGAAAGCGAAGGCAUAGACUUCGAAGAGCUUUCGCGGACAAUCGGCGGGCUGGAAGAGCUGCCUGCAAAGCAGGCUGCUGAGUGACAGACGUGGCGUGUCCUGCUGAUCAAGGCAGUUAGACAUCGAGACAAAGGUUGUGUGACAUGUGGCCCAGCCUUGGUGAGAAGGUAUGCUUGAAGACACCGAGUACUCGGUAUUACAAGUAUCGUAUGUCUCAAUCUGCUUUUUGAUACAAGAACGCGCUCAACAUUAGCCGUGUCUGCCGCGAUUGCUCGCUGUUACCGGCCAAUGGGCGUAUGGAGAAUCCACAUCCUGGGAGCCCUUUGGUUGAAGGACCGCUCAACUGCAGCCACCAACAAGUGACGCUUUUCAGCCCGAUGCAAUGCUGCUUGCGACUCCUUUCACAAGCAAUUCCCAACAAUCUUUCUCAACCUUUUCGCACUUCCCACGGCGCUGGUUCGAAUGACCUAUGAUUGAUC